AUGUGCAAGGACUACCUGAAAACGCUGCCCAAAGUCAUUGGGCUCGACGUGGUCGACCUUGCCCUCUGGGCCAAGAAAAACGCUAAAUCGUUGCCGGGAGGAGCGCGGCUGACGGAGGAAGGGGAGGGCGAGGCGGUGGGGGUGGAGAGCGAGUCGAUGAUGGCGCAGGACAGCCUGGUGUCGAAGGUGGAGGAGGAGGACAUGGAGGCGCUGCUGGGCACCUAUGUGAUUGGCAUUGACGAGGCAGAGGCGUUCAGUGAGCGGCUGAAGAGGGAGCUGGGGGCGCUGGAGGCGGCUAAUGUGCAUGCCAUUCUGGAGAGCGAAGCACUGGUGGAGGAGGUGGUUGACAGCCUGGACGAGGCGGCGGGGCGAGUGGAGGACAUGGAGAACUGGCUGAACGUGUUCAACGUGAAGCUGAAGCACAUGCGUGAUGAUAUCGAGUCGAUCGAGGCGCAGAACAACAUGUUAGAGAUGCAGGCGAAGAAUAACAAGAAGCUCUUAGAGGAGCUCGAGACGCUGCUAGAGUCGCUCUACAUCCCCCCCCAGUGCAUCCGCGUGCUCUCCUCGGGCUCUCUGGACGAGCAAGCCAUGCCCAACACUCUCGAGGCCGUGGGGUGGCUGGUGGACGCUGUGAAGAAGCUUGAGCCUCCGCAGCUGGACCAGAACUACGUCAACAUGCGCGCGGUGCGGGAGAAGAAGGCGGAGCUGGACAGUCUAAAGAAUGGUUUUGUGCGGCGGGCCACUGAUUUCAUCCGCUCCUUCAUCUCCUCCACCGUGGAGGCUGCUGCGAAGUCUCAGAGGGGCCCGCCCGACCAUAGGGAGCUGCACCGCAGAUGGUCCGCCUACACCCAGCUCAUCCACUGCCUCAAGGAGCUGGACCCCAACGUGCUGGACAACAUUCGCCGGACCUACAUUCAUUCACUCAACAUGUUGCUCCGGCGCGAGGCUCGUGAGUUCUCCACGGAUCUUCGUACAUCAGCACGAGUCUCAGCCAAGACCAGCACGGCCCCUCCUUUCCUCGAGCAAGGCAGCACUGCCCUGCCGCCUGCUGCUGACUCCCAGGCUGCCAGCGACGCCUUCGCCAAGAUGCUGCGCGCAUUCCUGCCGCUGAUUUCUGAAGAGGGUCUCUUCUUCCAGCAGUUCCUCUGCUUUUCCCCAGCAGCAGACGAGGAUGAAGAGCCUCUAUCGGACGAGGAUGCAGCGGCUCUGGCGGCAGCAGCGGAGCAGCUAUUCGAGGGAAUUCACGAAGACUUUGUGGCCAUGGUGGAGUGGGUGUUCAAGGUGGACCCUCUGCGCUGCAUCACUCUCGUGGGGCACACGGAGGCGUGGCAGCAGCAGCAGCAGCAGCUGCAGUUGCAGCAUGGGGCCGACGCAGGGGGGUGCGGUGCGGUUAUCACCAGGAAGCUUCUACUCGAGCUGGAGACCAGAAUCAGGCAGAAUUUCUUCCGGUACGUGGAGGAGGCGAAUGGGCAGAUCGAGCGGUACGACAGGGGCGUGAAGCAGGCGGGAGUGCUGUCCUACGUGCCCCGCUUCGCAGCGCUGGCGGUGCGAAUGGAGGGGCUGGUCAUGGGCACGUGCAGGGAUUUGGUGGACCAGGCUUAUAACAAGCUGGUGAGCACCAUGUUCUCUACGCUGGACCGCAUAGCUCAGAUUGACCCCAAGCACUGCGACGUGCUGCUGCUGGAGAAUCAUGCGGCCUUCCAGAACAGCACGUACGACCUGGCGGGCACCAUCCCGACGCUGCGCCUCUUCUACCAGCAGUCCAGUGAGACGUACGAGACGGCCUGCACGCGCUACAUCGACUCAGUCAUCUUCGGGAAUUUCGACAAGUUGUUUGAGUACCUUCAGAAGAUCAAGAAUCUUCUGCUGACAAUUGAAACAGAGGAGAUUCCGUUCCAAAUCGGCUUCAGCAAAGCCGACCUGCGGAAAGUGCUCAAGUCGCAACUCACUGGGGAGUUGGAACGGAAAGUCACUCCCAGCAGCAGCAGCAGGAGUGUUCCAAAUCGGCUUCAGCUGGCUGCUCCUGCUGCUGCUUCUGCUGCUGCGGCUGCUGCUGCUCCUGCUGCUGCUUCUGCUGCUGCGGCUGCUGCUGCGGCUGUGGUUGCGGUUGCUCAAGCUGCUGCUGUAGCUUCAGCAAAGCUGAUAUUCGGAAAAUUCUCAAGUCGCAACUCACAGGAUUAA